AUGUCCCUAUCAAUCGACCCACGCAUCUCCAAUAUCCACCCCUUCUACCGUAUAUUCCUCCUCUACAUCGAACCCAUUCUCGCCCUAUCCGGCGCCUACCUCGCACUAUUUCACCCCGCCAAAUUCCUCCUCGGCACCGCUCCAUCCUCCCUAUCUACCCCCUUCAUUCCCCUCACCCUCACCACUCCCAUUUCCACAUCCACACCACAACCACAACCCAUAGACCCCGUGAUACAAUUUCUCUCCGCCAAUAUAGGCGCUCUCUAUAUCCUAUUCGCAAUCAACGAAGCUAUUGUACUACGACUCACGCGCGACUACUCGGUAUGGAAAGUUGUGGUGUUCGCUAUGCUCGUGUGUGAUGUAGGACAUAUUUGGGGGGUUUAUCAGGCGGAUCCGACGGGGAGUUUGGAGGUGAUGCGGUGGACGAUGGAGGAGUGGAUUAAUAAUGGGAUUUUGGCUUUUGGGGCGGUCUUGAGAAUUGCUUUCUUGGGGGGAGUUGGAUAUAGAAAGUGA